GUGUAAAAUGUAAUUUGUCACAUUGACCAGCCAGUUAUCUGCUGCGAUGCAGCUGACAUCAUACAGCAGCGACGGCAGCGGAUGCGCUUCAGUGAAUCACACUCACACACACACCGCCAUAAUAACAGUAGCUCCCUCAGCAUCAGCAUCAACAAGCAGUGAGCAAUAUGGUGAAACUAGGCAGUAACCUAUCGGAAAAGGUGACGAGACAGCCGUCGGUUGAGGAUGGUUUCGACAACAUCCCCCUCAUCACUCCGCUGGAGGUCGGCCAGUUACAGCAGCCUUUCCCUGAUAAGGUGAUUGUGAAAACCACAACAGAGUAUCAGCUGAAGGAGAAGAAGAGGAAGUUGUAUGUGCCGAGUAUCAAGAAGCUAAACAUAAACCUUUAUGAUGAGAUGUCAGAGAAGCUCAAGCUGACUGGGUUGAUUAUUAUUACCUUGGCGUUCCUGGCGUGUCUGCUGCUGUUGGUCAUGUAUAAAGCUCUGUGGUACGAUCAGCUCGGCUGCCCUGAAGGCUUCGUUCUCCAGCACAGACACUGCACCCCGGCAGCUCUGGAGAUGUACUACCCCGAGCAGAACUCCAGGGGCAGCUUGUACACCGCCAUGACCCACCUCAACCAGGCCAAGAAGAACAUCCCAGAGCUGUCUCCUCCCUGGCUCCCGGUCAUGAAGGAUGAGGUCAACCACCCCGAGAAGUAAUGGGGAGUUAUGGUCACUGUAUUUUCAUUUGAAAGGGUUUGUGAGGACAGAAUCCAGAUAAUGUUAAUCGGAAGGGUUUGUGUGUGUGUUUUGUGUUUAAAACGGAAAUAUGAUGCGAAUAACUACUUAGAUCAACUGUGAAGUGAAGCCUGCAGGGGUUUCUAGGUUUCUACUUUGUCAGCCUUCUGCAAUACAAAUGCUUUCAGCCUCUCAGAAAUCUACUGACGAUGCUCCUCCAUACCCGUUUAGAAGAAAUCUAGAAUCUGAAGCUCGUCCGUGUGCGUUUUAAAUGUCACUACGCCACUUUUUUUGAUGGCACAUCUCACUGUGGCACUGUAGGUUUAGUCAUGCUGCUUGUAAUUCUGCGACGUUUGUUAGGCGUUAGUUCUCGCUUAUGGUUUCAUUUGAAGUCAUUUAGCUUAAUGUAAUGAACUGUGCGUUGGCUGUGAAUCGUGCUCUAAUGAACUGCAACGCAACUGAGAAACAAGUGCAUUGGCAAGGAAAGGCAUUCCAAAAACUCAGAUCUUUUUCCCUUAAAUCAACUCUUAACUACUGAUUGUUGUCUUAAAGCAAUGUGUCUUUGAUUUAAAAGAGAAUUACACUCGAGUUUUGGUUUCUUUUUUUUGUACAUUUUACUAAAUGAGAUCUGACUUUUGAUCGUAAGGACGAAUUGAUUGCAAACAGCAGAUUUUAUACACAUUUGCAUGCUUAACUUGUUCAUAAAACCAUACUAGAAUUUACAUUAAAGUGUAAGAUUUGAAAAUCAAGUCAUUUGAAUGUAAACUGGAAUAUUGGUAAACAACUAUUUUUAGGUUUUAUGAAAAUGUAUAAUUUUUCUGUUUGUUUGUGUGCUGAAAUAUUUACACACUAAGCACCAGCAGCCAUUUAAAUGUUUAAUUAAUGUUAUAAAUUAGUCUUUGAAAAGUUCAAGAAUGUGAUUUAAUGCCUAAUAAAGAUGAGUGACCUUUGAAUUGUUUUUGUGUACUACAUCAAAUGAAUUCCAGCUGAAUGUAUAAACUUACAAACGUUCUGUUACUGGUUUGUUCAUUUAUUGUGCUUUAUAUUUAUCUAUUGCAAUAUGUUUUUGUUUUUUUUCUCCAAUUGCUAAACAUGUAAAGUUCUAAUGUGUAUUUAUUUAUGCAUCUAUCUAAUUUAUUUGACUGGUGCAGAAGGGAUGAAUUGAGGUUCUUGUAAGGUGCAGCAGGUGAAAUCAUAAACCCUGCAGUAUUAGUCAUUUAUAUGUGUGACAAACAUUCAUCCGUCUAAUGGAUAAUAACAGAAUAAAGGUUUCAGUAUUCACCA